CCGCCCCCCGGGCACACCGCGCGGCCACCGUUGCCUGCGCCGGGAGUGGGGCUGCGAGCUGCGUCCGGCGGGUACCGGGAGCGCGUCUUGAGUAGGGCGCGGACCCCGGACCAUGGCUCACAGCGCCAAGCAGCUGCCGGCCGGGAUGCUACAUGCCACGAGCAAAGCUCAGCAUGGGAACUUCCUGGUGGCCAUCAAGCAGGAGAAGGGAGAGGUGGCGCGGACGAGUGGUGAGAAGUCACACGGUGAAGAGGAGCCAGUGAAGAAGAGAGGUUGGCCCAAGGGCAAGAAGAGGAAGAAGAUCCUUCCCAAUGGCCCUAAAGCCCCAGUUACAGGCUACGUGCGCUUCCUAAAUGAGCGGCGUGAGCAGAUCCGCACACAGCAUCCUGACCUGCCCUUCCCAGAGAUCACCAAGAUGCUGGGGGCUGAGUGGAGCAAGCUGCAGCUCUCAGAGAAGCAGCGGUACCUGGAUGAAGCAGAGCGGGAGAAGCAGCAGUAUAUGAAGGAGCUGCGGGAAUACCAACAGUCAGAAGCCUACAAAAUGUGCACGGAGAAGAUCCAGGAGAAAAAGAUCAAAAAAGAGGACAUGGGCUCUGCAGCAGCAAACACCUUGCUGAAUGGGCACCCACACAAGGCUGGUGAGUGCAGUGACACCUUUUCCACCUUUGAUGUGCCUAUCUUCACAGAGGAGUUCCUGGACCAAAACAAAGCACGGGAGGCAGAGCUAAGGCGCCUUCGGAAGAUGAACACAGAGUUUGAGGAGCAGAAUGCCAUCCUGCAGAAGCACACGGAGAGCAUGAACUGUGCCAAGGAGAAGCUGGAGCAGGAGCUGGCCCAGGAGGAGAAGCAGACCCUGGCCUUGCAGCAGCAGCUCCAGUCUGUGCGCCAGGCCCUCACCGCCAGCUUCGCCUCCCUUCCCAUCCCCGGCACUGGGGAGACACCCACACUGAGCACUCUGGACUUCUACAUGGCCAAACUUCACAGCGCCAUCGAAAGCAACCCACUGCAGCAUGAGAAACUGGUGGUGCGCAUCAAGGAGAUCCUGUCCCGGAUAGCCAGUGAGCACUUGUGAAGGGGACCAGUCCCUGUGGAGCCUGGGGCUGGCCGGACCCUGGCCCUGUCCCUUGGAGCUCACACUAGGGACAGUCUCUGCUGGGGUCCGGUUCUUUCUUCUCCACCCCUUACCGGAGCCAUGAGCAGGGACCCCCUGACCCUGGGGCACCAUCUCUGAGGACAUUUAGCUUCUGGGGACCAAGUGAUGCCAGGGCUGUGAGGGACAUGGUGUUGUGGCUGUGAGCAACCCCCCGCACACCCUGUGAGCCCCCCAGCUCCUGGUGCUCCAGCUCAGAGAUGCCCCAAAGGCUCUUUGGUGGUGGGUGAGUUGCUUGUGGGUUACAGCCUCUUCCAGCGUGACACAGUGGCUGCUUUUAACUGGCCUGUGCUGGAAGGGAAGCAGCCAGGUACCUCCUGGCCCCUGGAGCAGCUAAGGCAGCUUCUUGCUGCCCUGUCCUGCAAUGCUGAUGUGGCACGUUCCCUUCUGCCUUCCUCUUGCUUUAUUUAAUCCUCUCCAUGGGUGCCUUCAUCCCCCUGCCUGUCACCUCCUUUCCCCUGGCUCUGGGACCAGGAAGGGCAGCUCCUGCCACCUGCAACAGCAGAAGCGAAGUAAUCAUUCUGGAUGGGGAGCUGGCCCCAACCCCGUGCACAGGCUCUGGUCUCCUGCCCGAGCCCAUCCGAGAGUGGGACCACCACACUGGUGGCUGUGUCCUGGGCCUGCCCUCCCAGGGGCUGCCUCUCACCAAUCUCAGACUGUUAUUAGAGAGUGUCUUAUUUUCUUACUUAGCAUAAUGUGGAUCAAGCCCUGGGUUCAACCUGGGGCUGGACUGUGCCUGCUUGGCUCCUGCCUGUGAGGUCUGUUCUCUGUCGAGUCUCCUGGUUGCCAUCUCCUGGUGGCUGCUUGGCUUGGGAUGGGAGAUGGAGCAAAUAAAUAUUGGAGAAAACCA